AUGAGUUGCAACGGUUGUCGAGUUCUUCGGAAGGGUUGCAAUGACAAUUGCAUACUGAGGCAAUCAAUUCAAGGUAUUGAAACCUCUCAAGCUCAGGCUAACGCCACCGUCUUCGUCGCCAAGUUCUUCGGCCGCGCCGGCCUCAUGUCCUUCCUCUCCUCCAUCCCCGACUCCCAACGACCUGCUCUGUUUCAGUCUCUAUUGUUUGAAGCGUGUGGACGGACUGUGAAUCCGGUGAACGGAGCCGUCGGACUGUUAUGGACGGGGAACUGGCACGUGUGCCAGGCGGCAGUGGAGACAGUGCUCCGAGGCAGAGCCCUACGGCCAAUUCCGGAGUUUUCCGGCGCAUCUCCGGCUGACGAAUUUGACGACGCCUCAAACACUAACAACCAUAACAUCGAUUUCUUCAGAUCCAGAGAUCUGUAUUUGGCUCGUAAAGCGAAGAAUAAUAAUGAGUUGAUGAUCACAGCGAGACAGCACACCGUCGGCGGCCACAGCCGAUGUUGGCGUGAUACCAACCGCGACGCCACACAGUGGGUUCUCUCUGUAUACUCCACACAGUGGCUUCACCUGAACUGA